GUUAGCUGUUUCUUCCCAGCUACCUCGGCUCUACCUCUUCUCUUCUAUUCAUACGUAUCCAUCAAUCUAUCUAUUCAUCGACCAUUUUAAUUAAUUUAAUUCAUGGACGAGGAGAAGAGAAAGCACGAAGAUGGCGAGGGAGAUGAUUACAGCAGCGCCAAGAGGGGGAAGCCUGCUGCCGCUGCCGGGCGGAACGAAGAAGGAGCGGCGCCGCCGGGGGAUGAAGAGGUGGAUGAAUUCUUUGCAAUACUGAAGAGAAUUCAUGUGGCUGUUAAGUAUUUCCAGGAGCGCGGCGCUGUGGCGGCGCCGGAGAAGUCCGUUUGGACGCCGGCAUUCAGACGGGAAGAUUUCGAAGGCGUUAAGGGAUCAGAAGACGAGCCGAAGAAGAAGAAGAAGAUGGAUGCUCCGAAUGCGGCGGCGGGUUUGGAUCUUAACUCGGAUCUUACUUCUUCUGAUGUUUCGGAUUCUAGUUAAUUAAUUUAUUUAUUUUAUAUAAUAAUAAUAUUGACUAAUUAAUUGUGAGAAACCGGAUCCAUCAUAGUGGAGUGGAGUGGAGUAUCAUUUCUGGAACCGGCUCGGCUCGGCUCGGCUCAUAUGGAGUACUCAACAUGGCUCUGUUUAGACAGCCUUUUUAUAUUAGAAACAUGCACGUGUAGUGCUGGUAAGAUCCGAUGGACAUACAUAACGGCACAAAUCAAGAUCAGUCGAUACUACUCGAUUCUACUCUUUCUUGGUUUGGCUCCGAUCCGAUCCGGGACGAAGAAUAUGAAUCUGAAUUUGAUUUC